UCGUGCAGCUGCGACCGGGUGGGACGCUGCUGUACUUGCCGGGGGUUUCUGGGAUCGGCCCGCGUGGAGAAGGUCGGGGGCCUCGACGCCCGCCCGCUUGGAGCGUCCGUCAUGAGGAGAAGUGAGGUGCUGGCAGAGGAGUCCAUAGUUUGUCUCCAGAAAGCCCUGAAUCACCUUCGGGAAAUAUGGGAAUUGAUUGGCAUUCCAGAAGACCAGCGGUUACAAAGAACUGAGGUUGUAAAGAAGCACAUCAAGGACCUCCUGGAUAUGAUGAUUGCUGAAGAGGAAAGCCUGAAGGAAAGACUUAUCAAAAGCAUAGCCGUCUGUCAAAAAGAACUGAACACUCUGUGCAGCGAGUUAAAUGUUGAGCCUUUUCAUGAAGAAGGAGAGACAACCAUCUUGCAACUAGAAAAGGAUUUGCGUACUCAGGUAGAACUGAGGAGAAAACAGAAAAAGGAGAGAAAACAAGAACUGAAAAUUCUUCAAGAACAAGAUCAAGAACUGUGUGAAAUUCUUUGCAUGCCCCAUUAUGAAAUUGACAGCACCUCAGUUCCCAGCUUAGAAGAGCUGAACCAGUUUAGACAACAUGUGGCAACUUUGAGGGAAACAAAGGCAUCUAGGCGUGAGGAGUUUGUUAACAUAAAGAGACAAAUCAUACUGUGUAUGGAGGAAUUAGAGCACACUCCGGACACAAGCUUUGAAAGAGACGUGGUGUGUGAAGAUGAAGAAGCCUUCUGUUUAUCUCUGGAAAAUAUUGCCACACUACAGAAGUUGCUCCGGCAGCUGGAAGUGCGAAAAUCACAAAAUGAAGCAGUGUGUGAGGGGCUGCGUGCUCAGAUACGAGAGCUUUGGGAUAGGUUGCAAAUACCUGCAGAAGAAAGAGAAGCUGUAGCCACGGUUAUGACUGGGUCGAAGGCCAAGGUCCGGAAAGCGCUGCAAUUAGAAGUGGAUCGGUUGGAAGAACUGAAAAUGCAAAACAUGAAGAAAGUGAUUGAGGCAAUCCGAGUGGAGGUGGCUCAGCACUGGGACAAGUGUUUUUACAGCCAGGAGCAGAGACAGGCUUUCGCUGCUUACUACUCUGAGGACUACACAGAAAAUCUGCUCCAGCUCCAUGAUGCCGAGAUCGUGCGGUUAAGAAACUACUAUGAGGUUCACAAAGAACUCUUUGAAGGUGUCCAGAAGUGGGAAGAAAGCUGGAGGCUUUUCUUAGAGUUUGAGAGAAAAGCUUCAGAUCCAAGUCGAUUUACAAAUCGUGGAGGAAAUCUUCUAAAAGAGGAAAAGCAGAGAGCCAAGCUCCAAAAAACACUCCCUAAGUUGGAAGAGGAGUUGAAAGCAAGGAUUGAAAUGUGGGAACAGGAGCAUUCAAAGGCAUUUGUGGUGAAUGGGCAGAAAUUCAUGGAGUACGUAACGGAACAGUGGGAGAUGCACCGGCUGGAGAAGGAGAGGGCCAAGCAGGAACGACAACUGAAGAACAAGAAGCAGACAGAGACAGAGAUGCUCUAUGGCAGUACUCCGCGAACACCCAACAAGCGGCGAGGACUGGCACCCAGCACUCCGGGCAAAGUGCGCAAGCUGAACACUACCACCAUGUCCAAUGCUACGGCCAACAGCAGCAUUCGGCCUGUCUUUUCCGGGACAGUCUACCGCUCCCCUGUGUCUCGACUUCCACCUUCUGGCGGCAAGCCAGUCAUCACUUCCACCUGUUCGGGGAAAAAAACGCCCCGUGCCGUCAAGCAUGGAGCCAACAAGGAGAACCUGGAGCUCAAUGGCAGCAUCCUCAGCGGUGGGUACCCUGACUCGGCCCCCCCACGGCGCAACUUCAGCAUUAAUUCUGUUGCCAGCACCUAUUCUGAGUUUGCGGUAAUUCACCUUUUCUAAUAUCUACCAGUCCCUGGGGAGCACACAGUUGGGGCAGAGGGGGCAUCUCUCCAGGGGCACCCAGGCUGUUAGUUCGGACGGAUCUUUGGAGGCUGAGAAUCCCUUUCCUGACAUGACCAUGGCAUGAGGUG